AUUCCUGCCUAGUGCCUGUUGGUAGGCGCCUGCUUGGUGUCGGGUCCCGGGCUGUUGUAGGAGGCUGUGGCUGAAGCAGGGGUUAGGGACAGACGGUGUAGCAGAGGAGACACCAUGGACGAUCAGGGCUGCCCUAGGUGCAAGACCACCAAAUACCGGAACCCUUCCUUGAAGCUGAUGGUGAACGUGUGCGGGCACACUCUGUGUGAAAGCUGUGUGGAUUUACUGUUUGUGAGAGGAGCUGGGAACUGCCCUGAGUGUGGCACUCCACUCAGAAAGAGCAACUUCAGGGUACAGCUCUUUGAAGAUCCCACUGUUGACAAAGAGGUUGAGAUUCGCAAAAAGGUGCUGAAGAUAUACAAUAAAAGGGAAGAAGAUUUUCCUAGUCUAAGAGAAUAUAAUGAUUUCCUAGAAGAAGUGGAAGAAAUUGUCUUCAAUUUGACCAACAAUGUGGAUUUGGACAACACCAAAAAGAAAAUGGAGAUAUACCAAAAGGAAAACAAAGAUGUCAUUCAGAAAAAUAAAUUAAAGCUGACUCGGGAACAGGAAGAAUUGGAGGAAGCAUUAGAGGUAGAACGUCAGGAAAAUGAACAAAGAAGACUAUUUAUACAAAAGGAAGAACAACUGCAGCAGAUUCUCAAAAGGAAGAAUAAGCAGGCAUUUUUAGAUGAACUGGAGAGCUCUGAUCUCCCCGUUGCUCUGCUUUUGGCUCAGCAUAAAGAUAGAUCUACACAACUGGAAAUGCAGCUGGAGAAACCUAAGUCUAUGAAACCAGUGACAUUUUCCACAGGCAUUAAAAUGGGUCAACAAAUUUCAUUAGCACCAAUUCAUAAACUUGAAGAAGCUCUGUAUGAAUACCAACCACUGCAAAUAGAGACAAGUGGACCACAAGUUCCCGAGCCUGAGAUGUUAGGAAGACUUGGGUAUUUAAACCACGUCAGAGCUGCCUCUCCACAGGACCUUGCUGGUGGCUACACGUCUUCUCUUGCUUGCCACAGAGCACUACAGGAUGCAUUCAGUGGGCUUUUCUGGCAGCCCAGUUAACUCAUAUUUCUCUAUAAGAUUUGGACCUUGGAGCCAAACUAAGGGGCUAGAAAAGUAAAGCAGAUUUGUAAAAUCACAGCCAUAUGCAGCUGCACCAUGGCACUGUCUCUAGCUGCUGUGCUUAGGCAUCUGUAACAUUCAGAACUAAGUUGAGAAAUAUGGGGGCGAAGAAUUCUGUUCUUCAGAGACAUAUUGAAGCAUUGAGCCUCAUCUGACUGAAAAGAAAUAAUUUGCCUAUGUAUGGAGUUGACAGACUUAUAAAAUCUUUUUUAAAAUAAAGCUUGACUUUAUAGUA